AUGUCGAACAACAACUGGCAAGAGGAGGCCAUGCGCCGUCUCCGACAGAUGCAGCAGGCUCGUGGUGGUGUUGGAGGAGGUGGCCCUCAGAUGCCUCGAGCAGCCGGUGGCGCUCUCGCUGGUGGUCUUUUGCUUGCUGGUGGUGCUCUGUUCCUGUCAAACUCGCUUUUCAACGUUGAUGGUGGUCACCGAGCCAUCAAGUACCAGAGAUUAACUGGUGUGAGCAAGGAAAUCUACAACGAAGGAACACACAUCAACAUCCCUUGGUUUGAGACCCCGAUCGUGUACGAUGUCCGAGCGAAGCCGCGCAACGUUGCGUCCUUGACUGGUACCAAGGAUUUGCAGAUGGUUAACAUCACCUGUCGUGUGCUUUCCCGCCCUCAGAUCGAUGCUCUUCCCCAAAUCUACCGAACACUAGGCACCGAUUACGACGAGCGUGUGCUGCCCUCUAUCGUCAACGAGGUUCUCAAGAGCGUUGUUGCCCAGUUCAAUGCCAGUCAGCUCAUUACACAGCGUGAGAACGUCGCUAGACUGGUGCGAGAGAACCUUUCUCGCCGAGCUGCCCGAUUCAACAUUCUUCUCGAUGAUGUCUCCCUAACUCACCUUGCCUUCUCUCCCGAGUUCACAGCCGCCGUUGAGGCCAAGCAGGUUGCCCAGCAAGAGGCCCAGCGAGCAGCCUUCGUCGUCGACAAGGCACGACAAGAGAAGCAGGCCAUGGUUGUCAGGGCACAGGGUGAGGCUCGCUCUGCUGAGCUGAUUGGUGAGGCUAUCAAGAAGAACAAGGCCUACCUUGAGCUCAAGAAGAUCGAGAACGCUCGAUUGAUCGCUUCUCAGCUCCAGGAGGCUGGCGCCAAGAACAGGCUGAUGCUCGACUCUGAGGGUCUGGGUCUUAAUGUUUUCGAAACCGGUGAGAAGAACUAA